AUGUUGCUGAUCUAUGUGGCCAUCGUUUUGAUCGCAGGAGCCAACCGUGUCUUUGCCAAAUGUACAGUGCCUACCAAACACUACACCACACUUGGCUGUGAACCAAGCGAAGAACCCAACGCACAAGGAUGUCCACGAUGGUUCAACUGCUCGACGCUGGAGCAUCGCGCUAGUGAUAAGUGUUAUCUGUACGGGAAAACGUACGAACUGCACGCUCACGUACCGGACGAGAAGGUGAAGUCGUCCUGCUUAGCACUGUGCACUUGUCAAAUGAAUUCACGACGAGGUGUGGCUGAGUUUCACUGUGCCCACAUCGACUGUCCAGAGUUCUUAUCGCCCCACCGGGCUGGCUGUGUGCGCCAGUAUCGAACAAAUGAUUGCUGCUCAUCGAGACAGGCUUGUGGUGAAAAACGGGCCAAUCUACCGAAGUGUUCCGUCGGCAGUGUGACAUACUACGAGGGAGAACGUAUGCAUUUUAAGGACGAUCCUUGCCUAACGUGCAUUUGCACACAGCACUUCAACGAGAGUGAUCCUUUCGCGCAGGCCAAAUGCUACACGAACGAGUGUGCUUUUGAGCUAAUUUCACCCUCGGUUAUUGCGAACGGUGGUGCACCGGUGUACUACGGAAAGCGAUGCUGUCCUUGGGAGUGGAGAUUGCCAAAACCAGAGGAUCGAAUCAAUAGAGCAAAGGACAUCAUUCCAAGGGCGUUGGACGGAGCAAGGAUUGAAAAAACGUGCAUUUACGGUGACUUAACGUUGCGUGUUGGAGAAUCUUUGAUUCCGGAUGUCACACCCGUAGGCAUUUACGAAUGCUUCUGUGCCAUACCACCGAUGGUUCAUUGUAUCUUGAGGGCUGUAUAG